AUGAAGGAAUACACCCCGAAGAUAGUGUCAAAAAAGAAUAAACUAUCCGAAGUAAUCAAAGAAGAAACUAAAAAAAUUCAGGAGCCCAAAGAAGUAAUAGCCUCCAUAGCCGAUGAGGCUCAAAGUUCGGUGAACGACCAAAGCAAAAGUUUAAAAAACUUGAUCAACGAUUCGAAGAAAAAAGCUAGAAAACAAUGGAAAAACAUCAACAAAUGCUUGAGGGAAGAAAAAAGCAACAUUAAAAAAGUUAACUUAAGAGCUGUGGAUGACUGCAGAAUCACUUGGUUUGACGAAGUUACCAUAAAAACCGAAUUAAAAAAACUUGAAAAAGAAAAACAAAGUAUUUUUAAGGACCAGAAGUUGUGUUUAAUGAAAAAUCCUCGAUCUACUUCUUCACUUAAGGCUUGUUUGGAUAAAUUACUCAAAAAUACUGAUAGUGAUAUAAGCGAAGUAGUAAAAGCUACAGAAAAUCGUUUGGAUGUUAAGACCCAACAAGCAACAGCAUGCAUUGGAAAAAUGUUAGGUCAUCUGGACUUGGCCAUUGGGGAUGUUCACAUUGCAAAACUCGUCACCAUGAAGGGUAUUUUUGUUUUAACCCUUGCCAUUGUGUUGGCUUCUCAGGCUGAUGCGAUUUCACCGGCAUGUCUAGCAACUAUGAGAUGGUAUGGCCCAAUAUUCCUCAAAGAACAGAAUAAAAUAAGCAGUACCAUCACCAAAGAAACCAAAAAAAUUUCUGAUGGCAAGGUCCUCAUCGACUCUAUAGCUGAUGAAGCUCAGAGUUCCGUAGACAACCAAACCAAACUUUUAAAGGAUUUGAUAGCUGAUAAUAUUGCAAAGGCAAGAAAACAUCACAAGAACAUCGACAAAUGUUUAAAUGCGGAGAAGAAGAACAUCAAAAAACUCAACUUGAAGGGUAUAGAUAAGUGCAGACUUAGUGCACAAACCAUAACCAAAAUAAAAAAGGGUUUAAUUGAACUGGGAAAUUAUAAAGUCGAUUUAAUUGUCCAACAAAGAGCUUGUCUUAGAUGGAAUCCAAUUUUCCCAAUACCUCUAAGGAUUUGUUUGGAUGGUUUACUUAAUGGAGUAGAGCCCAAAAUCAGCUCUAUUGUUAAAACCACCAAGGGUAACUUGAAUGGUACUGUCAAGAAGGCCAAAGCUUGUAUAGGAGAAAAACUGGGAAAUCUGGAUUUGGAUGUGGAAGAAGUUCGAGAGGAAUUCUUAGAUUGUAUACAUAAAGUUUAUGAUUAAAAUAUGGUUGUGUUAAAA